UGUUAUAUUUUUGGACAAUACAACAUAGUUCGAAGUUGGAACGUUUUGUGAUACAAAUCAAAGAAGAAAGCGAAGCAACAAUUGGUAGUGGGAGAGACAAACAAGUGUUGAAGAAUGAGCAUAGUUGUUGAAGUUGCAGUGUCUCUUGGAGCAGUUUUGGUUGUUUUCAUCCAUUUUCUACAUGUUUUGGUUUUGAGACCAAAAUCACUUAGAGCAAAGCUUCAUAGGCAAGGGAUUCAUGGACCUUCUCCUCACUUCUACUUUGGCAACAUCCCACAAAUCAAAACCCUUUUACUCCAACAACAUGAACAACAACAACAAGAUGAACAGUUUCCUGUUUCUAUAUCUCAUAGAUGGACUUCAAAUCUGUUCCCACAUAUUCACAACUGGACAAAUCAAUACGGUCCAAUAUAUUUGUUUUCUUCUGGGAGUAUACAAUGGUUAAUGGUGGCAGAAAUGGAGAUAGUGAAGGAAAUCCUCCUAAACACCUCUUUGAAUCUAGGGAAGCCUUCUUAUCUUUCAAAAGAUAUGGGCCCUCUCUUGGGCCAAGGUAUAUUAUCAUCAAGUGGGCCGAUUUGGGCUCAUCAGAGGAAGAUAAUCGCGCCGGAACUGUAUCUAGAUAAGGUGAAGGCAAUGGUUGAUCAAAUAGUUGACUCAACAAACAUAAUGCUGAGAUCUUGGGAGAGUAGAAUAGAAAGAGACAGAGUCGUUUUAGAGAUUAAAAUUGAUGAAGAUCUGCGAAGUCUGUCGGCUGACAUAAUUUCUAGAGCUUGUUUUGGGAGCAAUUAUGCACAAGGAAAGGAAAUAUUCACAAAGCUUAGAGAUCUUCAAAAACUCCUCUCAAAGAUAUCUGUUGGAAUUCCGGGCUUUAGAUAUUUUCCAAACAAGAGCAAUAGACAGAUAUGGAGAUUAGAGAAAGAGAUCAACUCAAAUAUAUCAAACCUCGUAAAACAACGUCAAGAUGAAGGUCAUGAGCAAGAUCUCUUGCAAACGAUACUCGAGGGUGCAAGGAAUUGUGAUGGCCUCUUAUCAAAUUCAAUUUCGCGAGACAGGUUCAUUAUAGAUAACUGCAAAAAUAUAUUCUUUGCUGGACAUGAAACUACUGCAAUUACUGCAUCAUGGUGCUUAAUGUUGUUAGCUACAUACCAAGAUUGGCAAGACCGUGCUCGUGCAGAGGUGCUUGAAGUUUGCAGAAAUGGCAAUCUAGAUGCAAGUAUGCUUAGAAGCAUGAAAACGUUAACUAUGGUGAUUCAAGAGACUUUGAGGCUUUAUCCACCGGCAGCUUUUGUUGUCAGAACAGCUUUCAAAGAUAUUACCAUAAAAGGUAUCAAAGUUCCAAAAGGAAUGAAUAUUCAGAUUCCAAUCUCGAUAUUGCAGCAAGACGUCGAACUUUGGGGUCCUGAUGCCUACAAGUUCAACCCCGAAAGAUUUGCGAACGGUGUGCUUGGAGCCUGCAAGAUUCCACAGGCUUAUAUGCCAUUUGGAAUCGGUGCCCGUGUUUGUGCUGGACAGCAUUUUGCUAUGAUAGAAUUGAAGGUGAUUUUGUCUCUUGUCCUGUCGAAGUUUCGGUUCUCUCUUUCGUCAAGUUACUGCCAUUCGCCAGCGUUUCGGUUGGUUAUAGAACCUGGGCAGGGAGUUGUUCUCAACAUGACAAGAAUUUAAGCAACACUGACACUAAAAUUAUGCUUCACCCCAUGUUCUUUGAGGCUCGUUUUUGGUUUUGUUUGAGAAUGUGUUUAUAGUAAUAAGACCAACAGUUUUCUUUCAAAUGGAUAAUGAGAAUAUAUAGAAUGCUAGUUCUACCAUUGGGAUAUUUAUGAUUGUUUUCCGAUUAACUAUCCACUGUUUAUCAUAAAUAUUGGUCGGAGGUUGAAUCAUUCUUAAGGAUAUUAGUUUUCCACUAUUCCUAACAAUUAUUUUAACAGAAAAAACAUGCUUUCUCUUAUGGUAAUUUUCUUUUUCUUUAUGGACUCUGGUUUUUAGAGGAAUGAGACUAGAGCUCAUGCCGAGAGGUUAUGGUACAGGUCAAGUAUUAUUUCCAUCAAAAAUUAAAUUCGGUAUCAAAAAUUGAACUCGGUAUUCCCCAAAUCUGCAUUCUGUUAUAGUAAAUUUUGCUUUCUUAUGGGUAUACGUUUUUCAUCAAUUU